AUGUACAGGGUAGAUGAGCGCACCUGGCGCGAUCGUCUCCGCGCGCGAGACGACAAUUGGAAGCAUGUUUUCCCGCGCUUGAAGGCGGCAUAUCUGCAGUGGAAGGAGGUAUCAUCCGGCCAGUGGACGGUCGAGGCACUGGCCUUGCUCGGAUAUCUCGGCAACACCGCUAUCGGGCCGUCGAUCGCGAUAUCGUUUGCGACGCUGGAACUGUUUCGGUGCCUGAAGCUUGUCAAGCCAUCCUUCAGCACGGAGGCUUUCGCCAAGCUCGUCUGUUACAAGUAUUAUAUGGUAUACCGUCGCCACUAUCGCACAGCACUUGCGGAUGCUUUCGACAUCUAUUUGGAGGUCCUCGAUGACGUCGAUGCCAAGAUUCAGGAGAAGCUCGGACGAGGUGAUCCGAACUGGCGUCCGCGCUUCGGAUGCCCGCCAUGUGGGUACAAGUUGGAGAAUGAGAUUCCCGUCCGCUUCGAACGCAUGGGUAGCAUGGACGCGAACGACUCUCUGAAGAGGCUCCUUCGUAAGUAUCAAGACGUUGGGGACCGGCGACGUCACAAGAAUACCUACUACCUGGGCCCAGAGUUCGUCAAUCGGUUCGCAAAGCAAGUCCCGGCACGCCAGGCACAGCCGAAGCCGACCGCUGAUCUCGGAGGGGAUGCCGAUGACGUUGAUGCCCUGGACCCGGCCCCCGAGCCUGCACCGGUCUUCCUGGACACUGAGGGAGAUCCCACGGAUGGAGAAGUGGGUGCCCCAAGCCCCUGCGCCACGAAUUGGAAAGCGGCAGCUGCGGACGAGAAGAAGAAGAUGUGGGGUGGGUUCGACGAGACCGGGAUCUUCGCCAGCGCGUGCAGGCACGGGAGGAUUCUCUGGAUCGCGGAUAUGAUCCAGAGUGGUGAACUCGCUAAGUAUGGGAUCGCGAUGGUGGACAAGAUCAACACGGAGUUGCCCGGCAAUAUUCUCCUCGGGUACGACAUCGGCUGUGUGUUCGGAGGCACCCUCGCACGGAGCAGCGCAGGUCCCGAAUUCCGGAGGCGUGGUUCUCUGUGUAUUGUCAAUGCUUUCCAUGGGUACUCCCAUUCUUACCUCUGCCAGCUUCAUCAUCAUCCCAACGUCAUCGCCGGUGCCGGCAUCGAAGACCUAGAAACGAUGGAGCGCAUUUUCAGCGGAUCAAACGCCUUGGCUUCGAUCAUCUGCUAUGCGAGCAAGUACCGCCGGCACACCCUGAUCGCGCUUUACUUCCGUCGCUGGGAUGAGGAGAAGUACACAAAUCUGGCAAUCUUCCUCCGCAACAACUUCCUUCAAGCCACGAAGAUUAUCGAGGAGUCUGAGGAGUUCUUGCGCACAGUACUACCCCAGCUCCAGCUGACGGAAGCGCAGCUGAUUGAGGCUGCCGAGGAAGAGCGCAUCUAUUUCGCGACCCUGCGCGACGAGAACCCGCAGGAUGAGUGGGCUCUAAGCUACGUCGCGCGGCUAGAGGACCUAAGGGAGAUGAACGCGAGCGCGCCCAUCGCUUCGUCCUCCGAGGGCACCGGGCUUUCAUUCCAGACCCCUUACACGGGCCCAAUCACCGACUACAACGCGCACGCUAGGGAGACGCGGCGGACCGAGAGCGCCAACCGCGCGUUGCGCACGCGGAUCGAUGCCCUCGAUCAGGAACUAGCCGAGAUCGAAGACACGUGGAAUAUGACGCGAUGGCUACCCACCGACCCGCGCUACACACAGGCAAAGGCGUACAUUGCCACUCGGCGUUAUCACCAGGCGCUGGGAAAGCUUCAGCGCCUGGUCAUUCAACGCCUCUUUGAACUGCACAAGCUACAUCUCGCGCAGACAGGGUACAAAAUGCGCACUCAUAUCGCGAAGAACAUGCAAAAGAGGUCCGCGGCGAUUCGGCGGGCGAUUGCGACGUACAAUAAGCUGGCUGGGGCCUUACAGAAGCCCCUCGUUGAUUGGACUCAGUUCGCUCUCCUGCACGGAUCAUGGAAUGACGUCAGCGGCAAAACCUGGGCGCGGCCGGAAGUCCGAGAGGCGAUCGGGACCUGGAGGCGCUUGCAGCGGGCCGGCGAGGAGAUCCAGAUCGUGUAUCGCGAUGCGCGCCGCCUCCACACGCACAUUCGCGACGAGCAGCUGGACUUCGCGGCUCUCCUCGAGCAACUCAAGCAAUCCAACGACAUUCUCCAUGGGCCAACCCUGGAGUUUAUCCGUCACCGCGAGGCCCAGAACAUGUACAAUCUAACCUUUCUCGAAGAAUUACAUAACGACCCCCGCUUCGAGGGCGAGAAGACGCCGGGCCGCCGCGAGGGAAGAGCGGCCACUUUGGAGCCCUCCAUCCCCCGCAUUUUCCCAGAUCGGGACACGAUCAAGGCCGACAUAGGGUCCGACGCGGUGUAUGAUGACGAUGCGCAGGCGCAGGUGGGCGCGCUUCUCGAUUACAUAGCGCAGUAG